GCCCUCCGCGGAUGGAGGCGGCCUUUGGGGUCGCCGCCGCCUCAUCCUUUCCAGGCCGCGCAAUUCCCCAAAUUCCGGGGCUGGCAGGCGACGCUCGCCGCGGCUUGCUGGAGCUCCCGGACAGGCUGCCUCGGGGGCGUCUUGCGCGUCUUGCAAUGGGUGCACCGGAGAGCAGGGCUCCCCAACCCCGGGACGCCACCCGUUGGAAAGCGGGCUUGCACGGCCCCAGGGCUUCUCUCCCCCCGCCAAAGCCAGAAAGGUCGGGGGCCCCCGGGGUGGCUCUUCCCCAAGGAGAGACGGAUUCUUCCCUCCGCCUUCAUUUGCCUUCCUCUGUUGGUGCUCCAGGAGCCGAGAGGCCGGCGACCCCCGCCCGCCAGCAGAUGCCCAGGAAGGAGAAGGGGGCCCGGGCUCCCCCCAGCUGGGCCAGGCGCCUCCUGGGCUUCGAAUAUGGGGACGUGGCCGGCUGGCACCGCGUUGUCUGCCUGCUGAACAGGCCGGCCGAUCCCGCAGCCCUGGGGGCCUUCCGCUUCCUCUUUGGUCUGCUGAUGGCCUUGGACAUUCCCCAAGAGAGAGGUUUGAGCUAUCUAGAUCACAAAUACCUGGAUGGGCUGCAAGUUUGUCGCUUCCCCCUCUUCAACUUCCUGGAGCCACUUCCCCUGGACUGGAUGUACCUUGUCUACACAAUAAUGCUGUUGGGGGCCGUGGGCAUCAUGCUGGGCUGCUUUUACCGACUGAGUUGCCUCCUCUUCGUGCUGCCCUACUGGUAUAUCUUCUUCCUGGACAAAACCACUUGGAACAACCACUCCUACCUCUACGGCCUCCUGGGGUUCCAGCUGCUCUUCAUGAACGCGAAUCGCUACUGGUCUGUCGAUGGUCUCUGGCAUCCACGGAAGAGAAAUGCUCAUGUCCCUUUGUGGAAUUACACCGUUCUUCGUAUGCAGAUCUUCAUUGUUUAUUUCAUCGCGGGCAUCAAGAAGCUGGAUGCUGACUGGGUGGAGGGCUACUCCAUGGGCUCCCUUGGGAGGCAUUGGCUCUUCAGCCCUUUCAGGUUGUUGAUGUCAGAGGAACUGACCAGUUUAUUGGUGGUGCAUGGUGGAGGGCUGGUGUUGGACCUUACGGCUGGCUUCCUGCUGUUCCUGGAUGCUACCCGUCCCUUUGCCCUUUUCUUCGUCUCCUACUUCCACUGCAUGAAUUCCCAACUUUUCAAUAUUGGCAUGUUUUCUUACACCAUGCUGGCCAGCAGCCCGCUCUUCUGCUAUCCGGACUGGCCACGCCGACUGAUUGCCAGGUUCCCUGCCUGCUUCCAAAAGUUCUUGCCACUUACCAAGCCUCCGCAGCGGAGUCUAGAGUGUGUUUAUCUGGAAACGGAGCAACAAAGGCCCAGGGGAGCAGCUAGGAAAUUGGGGCUGCGGCAGAAGCUGGGAGCCAUUUUUACCAUUCUGUAUAUCUUGGAGCAGUUCUUCCUACCUUACUCACACUUUAUUACCAAGGGCUACAACAACUGGACAAAUGGGCUGUACGGCUACUCAUGGGACAUGAUGGUCCAUUCACGCUCCCACCAACACGUGAAGAUUACUUACCGUGAUGGUCGCACUGGGGAGAUUGGCUACUUGAACCCUGGGGUCUUCACACAGAGCCGGCGCUGGAAGGACCAUGCAGACAUGCUGAAGCAGUAUGCCAGCUGCCUCAGUCAUUUGUUGCGUAAUUACAAUGUCUCGGAACCAGAGAUUUACUUCGAUGUUUGGGUUUCCAUCAACGAUCGUUUCCAGCAAAGGCUCUUCGACCCAAACACUGAUAUUGUCCAGGCCCACUGGUCCCCCUUCCAGAAGACCCCGUGGCUGAAGCCUCUUCUGAUUGAUCUGUCACCCUGGAGGACCAAACUGACGGAGAUUGAAAAGUCGCUGGACAACCAGACCGAGGUUGUCUUCAUUGCAGAUUUCCCAGGGCUGCACCUGGAGAAUUUUGUGAGCGAGGAUCUUGGUAACACCAGUCUCCAUCUGCUGAAAGGGGAAGUCAAUGUGGAGGUUGUCAGUUCGCAGAAGAAUUAUUCACUGCAGGAGGGAGACAAGAUCCAGCUGCCCGCUGGGGAGUACCACAAAGUCCACACAGUCUCUCAGGAGCCCUCCUGCUACAUGUACAUCUACGUCAACACCACUCAGGUGGCACUUGAGCGGAAUUUCACUCAACUUCAGGAGUUGCGGGAGAAAGUUCAGAACGGGACAGAAACGGAGCCUCUCCCACCAGAGUUGCAGCCUAUCUUGGAAGAUUCUCUGGAAAACGUGACGCAGGCAGAUCCGGUCGUUGAGGCUUUCCUCCAUCGCCAGCGACGCAUGGAGGAGCGGCAAAGGAGGCGCAACGCCACCCUGGCCGAGCGGUUGCAGCGUUUCGUGAGCAAGAAGUACUUCGUCUUCCGCAGGAGCCUUCUGAUGACCUGCAUCUCCCUACGGAACCUGGUGUUGGGCCGCCCCUCCCUCUCUCAGCUGGCCCAGGAGGUGGCCUAUGCCAACAUGAAAGAGGCUGACCCGCAGGAGGGGGCACCGCAGGGGCCUGAGCGCUCGGACCUCUGAAACUCCUCACUACCUCAACCGCAACCACUAGCCGGAAGGCCUUACUGUGGGCCAAGCCCAGAGGGAUGUAGCCAGGCCUAAGGAGCCGCCCUGUGUUGCUUGGCUGGAGACCCUUCCUCUCUUCCUGAGGUUGGGGGAGGGGGCUCUGAGCCAGCGUGAUCCUCCCCUGCCCUAGAGGGGCCGAGGGGAGCUUAAAACCCCUGCAGAAAACGCUGCAGGAAGGCGGAGGGAGGGGGGAUUUUGUGGGCUCAGCUGGCCAGCAGAGUUAUAAUCCCCAUCCUAUCUGAUGGAAGGAGAUCAGAGAUCUUGCUCUGGAAACAGUUGUCUGAUCCCACCGCGCAGCUGGGAGAAAGGAUUUGGGCAGAGGGGCUGCGGUUCCUUUAUUAGGACGGAUUGAAUAAGUCAAGGGGGUUUCAGUUCUCUGCUGUGGGGUGGCCAGCUAAGCAGCUCGUGGGUGGGAGAGAAAGGAAUGUGUGAAUCCAGCCAGGCCCGGCUGGCCGUUUGCUAAGGGCUGCUCCUCUGGAUUUCAGAAUUCUCCCUCUCGGCUCUCUGACGUUUCUGCUGGCUACAGAUGCUGAGCUUCUCCUCUAAGGCCAUGAGACAUUUCUCUCGCUCUCAGCCCCCAUCCCAUAAUACCCCAUACCUGAGAUCAGGCCUAGCAACACAAACCCAGGGGGGUAUUCCCAGAUUCUUGAGAGAUUUACAAGAGAAAGGGCCGGCUACAUCUCAUGGGAUUAAGGCAAGAAGAGCCUCAUUUUUCUAAUUAAAAAUUGUAUGAUGCAAAA